AUGCCCACACCGUAUUCUUCACAAACGGCUCAGCAGCAACAGAGGCCCGGCAACCUGAAUCAGCGCAACGGCCUGCCUGAUGAAGACCUAUGUCCCGACCCGCGGUUGGCAACGGCUGCGGCGGCUGCAGCUGCCUUGAAGGCUAGCAGUAGCACCGCGACCACUACACCGGCCAUCCCUUCCGCGGCAGUUGGCACUGCUUCUACGGGCAAUGGACUAACGAGCUUCCAGCGACUGGUAAAACAGUACCGCAUCGAGGUCGCUGCGUCGGCGUCUAGCGUGCUCUCAACGCUGACCACCUUCCCCCUUGACAGUGUUAAAACGCGUAUGCAGACCUACCGAUACGCAGGAUUCCUCGACUGCGUGCGGCAUACUUAUCAGAGGGAGCAUCUCAGGGGGUUCUUUAGAGGAGUCACGGCACCAAUGGCGAGCAUCACGCUUGUGCGGACUGUUUCGUUCUCGAUUUACCAACGGGCGAAGCUUGCUUAUUGCGAAUGGGUCGAGCGCAACUUUGGCGUUGAUGUGUUAGGCCAUGUUAGCUCGCAAGGGUCAUAUCCCAACUUUUGGUCUGUCGCCACGUUUGGUGCGGCUGGCGCGACGGCCGGGUCGUGUAUUACCGUCAUUGCUUGUCCUUUUGAACUCACCAAGCUGAGCGCCCAGGUCUCAGUGUUGAUGGCAGACAAGAAGAAUUGCCCCCGGCCUGAGAGCCAUGCGAUCGCGGCCAGCUAUCAGAACAAGGGCACUUUCCAGACUCUCGGUAACAUUAUCAAACACCGCGGAUUUGGCGGCCUGUAUACCGGGUUUAGCUUGCAUUUGAUGCGGGACACUCUCGGAACAGCCACAUACUUUAUGACGUACGAAAGCAGCAAACAGCUGCUGACCACAUUUGGCGGCGAUGGCACCCACUCCAAUCCCUUAGCAGUUCUUGUUGCUGGUGGAUUGUGUGGUAUCGUCUCUUGGGCCUUGAUCUACCCUGUGGACUCGGCCAAGAGCAUCUACCAGCGCAACUCACUCAUGUACUCCAAGGGCCAAAAGGUCGAACCGGUUAAGAUCCGGUUCUUCCAGAGAAACAUGUACCGCGGUUUGGGCGUGUCUAUGGGCCGCUCGUGCGCUGUCAACGCCAUUUUCUUCUCUUCAUUCGAGUUUCUCAAGAAACGAAUCAAAGCUAUGGAGGAACCAUGA